AUGUCAGGCAAAACAGUCGAUACGACUGACCAAGAUAAAGAGCAGUAUUAUAAGGAGUUAAUAGAAACAGUUAGGAAGGAAAAACUAUCAGACAUUUACGAAGUUGGGCCCAAUGAUUUUCAACUCUUAAGUACAAUCAGAUACGACCCUGGACUCAGUAGUAAACCUCCGUUAACAGUUGAGGAUAUUACCAAGAAGAACUUCUUCUUGUUCAAAGAACAUGUGGAGAGACUUAUUUAUAGUCUAGGGAUGAUGAGAUCGCUUUAUAAGGAUACCCAUCCACUUCCAAAGAUUGAUAUUUCAGAAGCCUUUAUAUAUGAAAGGUUGAUAGAAGGUAUGACUUUGGGUCAGGUGCCUGUUGGUGAAAGUUUGAAGAUAAGAUUCCUAUUAGGGUUAGAUGGUAAUGCUAAGAUAGAGUUUUAUCCUACACCAUCUAGACUUGAUUUGUAUGAUGGGUAUUACCAAGAUGUAACCUCAGCAACUGCUAUUGAUGAGUCUGAGAUUUGGGAUGUUUAUAUCGAUACACAAGAGACAGCAAUAUCACCAUUUACUUCCUUCAAAACUACCCAUAGAAAUGUCUAUAACAGUGCAAGAACCAGAAUGCUUCCAGGGAGAAGACCAGGGAAGGAAGAAGUGAUUUUGAAGAAUACGUUUAAAAUGGCAUUGGAAGGUUCAAUAUCUAACUUUGCCAUUAAAAGAGAAUCCGAUGGUAAAUGGAUAACCCCCAGACUUAAGAGUGGAUGUCUAUGCGGAGUUAUGCGCAACAAGCUACUUAGUAAACGAUACAUUUAUGCAGAUAAUAUUUACUGGAAAGAGUUAAAGAUUGGACAAGAGGUUCUUUUGUUCAAUGGUAUCAUGGGAGUUGUACGGGGUCGUAUAGUUGGAUAA